CCUCUUGGAGAAGGUCAGUGUUUGAUGGGACCAAAUUCUUUGAAGCCUCAGACAUCUCUGGGCUGCGAAGCCGGCAGCAGCUGAACAGCGCAGGGGUUUGGAUACAUCCUCUUCAUCCUCAUGGUUUUACUGAGGGAUAUUUUCUCGACAUUGGAAUUCUGAUCAUCUGAACAACAUGACACUUCUGGGCUCCGAACACUCACUGUUGAUUCGGAGCAAAUUCAGAUCAGUUUUACAGUUACGGCUUCAGCAGAGAAGAAACCGAGAGCAUCUGGUGGACCAAGGUAUCAUGCCUCCCCUGAAGAGCCCAGCUGCAUUCCACGAGCAAAGGAAAAACUUGGAUCGAGCCAAGACUGAAGAUUAUUUAAAACACAAAAUCAGGAGCAGGCCUGAGAAGUCUGACCCCAUUAAUAUGCAUAUUAUGCAAGAUUCAGCCGCAGAGGGCUCAGCUCAGUCUGCCCAGAUGAAAUUAAAAAGGGCUCGUUUGGCUGACGACCUGAAUGAAAGAAUUUCACUCAGACCAGGGCCCUUAGAACUGGUGGAAAAAAACAUUAUUCCUCUAGAGUCCACUGUGAAAGAGGCCAUAAAAGGAAAUCAGAAUAAUUUUCCCAAGCCGGUGGAUGCCUUCGCCUUUGAGGAAGAUAGCAGCAGCGACGGCCUAUCUCCUGAACAGGAGCAGAGCGAGGACCAACAGGGUCAUCUGUCCUCUUCUCCAAAAGAGAUUAAAAAUCUGGAUACAAUAAGCACUCCUCAGUCAGGUUCGACACAGACCCCCGAAAAAGAAAAGGAAGUGCCCGAUACAGGCUCAGUUGCUGGUCACCCCUGUCCCCUGCAUGCAGAAAGUCAGUUGUCCCCAACAAUGCCGGUCACAGCAGCAGCAGUAAAGUCCAAAUCAUCCUCGGAUUCUAAGAACAGGCACAAGAAACCCAAAGAUAUCAAGCCCAAGGUGAAGAAGCUGAAAUAUCACCAGUACAUUCCUCCCGACCAAAAAGCAGAGAAGUCUCCCCCGCCCAUGGACUCAGCCUACGCCAGGCUCCUGCAGCAACAGCAGCUCUUCCUGCAACUGCAGAUUCUCAGCCAGCAGCAGCAGCACCAGCACCUCAACUACCCAGGGAUGCACCCCUCGCAGCUCAAGCAGCAAAAUGAACAAAUGGCACGGAAUUCCAGCCAAACCAAUAUCACUAGUCCGUCCCUGUCUCCCGUAAAGACAUCAUUUCCAGGCCAACCUGGUUUAUCCUCCAUGAAGCCAGGACUACUGCCUUCUAAUCUUGAUGACCUAAAAGUUUCAGAAUUGAGGCAACAGCUGCGAAUACGAGGACUCCCAGUGUCCGGUACAAAAACUUCUCUCAUGGAGAGGCUGAGGCCUUUCCAAGACUGUAGCGGCAAUGCAGUACCGACAUUUGGGGAUAUAACAACAGUUACCUUCCCAGUUACACCAAAUAAUGCACUUUCAAACUACCAAAAUCAUGCUUCAGCUGGUGUGUUAUCCAAUAGCUUCUAUCAGUUUGGUAGCACCAGCUCCACUCCACCAAUAUCACCAGCAUCGUCAGACCUCUCUGUUAAUGGGUCUCUGCCAGAUACCUUCAGCGAUGGACCAAUGUCUUCUCCUCAGUUCGGCCUACACCCUUCCCCUAUUCACCUUAGUGCUGAGGAGAGCCUAAUGAGUAGCAUCAACAGUGGUAGCUACCAAGCAGAACUGGAAGGAAUUGAUGCAGAAAAGGACAAAAUGUUAGUAGAGAAACAGAAAGUCAUCAACGAGCUGACAUGGAAACUUCAGCAAGAGCAAAGACAGGUGGAGGAGUUAAGGCUGCAGCUACAAAAGAGGAAAGGAAGCUGUGGACCACAAGAUAAGCAACUGCCAUCUCACCAUUUUUUUGGGGUGUCCAUCAAACAAGAGAAUGCAUCAAGCUGUCCAUUUGCAUCAAAACAGAUGGCCUUGAAAGUACAGCCAAACAGCCAAACAGAGAAACUGAGUCCCUGUGGGGUGCAACCAACGUCCUGCAUGGUGAACAACCAAUGCAUGGAGGCCCCGGGCCAAAAUCAUAUAAUGUCUUCCACAUUUCUGAGUCCACAGUGUUCUCCUCAGCAUUCGCCUCUUGGAUCUACAAACAGUCCACAGCACAUCAGUCUGCCUCCAUCUCCCAACAACCACUACUUGCAGUCUGUGUCUCCAGGCACACAACGAGAUGGUCGCAGUGUCUCUCCACACGGAAACAACCAAAUAUGUACUGCACCGAACAUUGGGAACACAGCAUGCUUUUCCACAAACCAGAACAGCUUCCACUCGUCCUUCAUUGAUCAACCAGAAACCAAGCAUAGCAAUAAAGAUGGCAUCCCAUCCAAGAGCCCAGUCAUGCAACGGAAGAUGACUGUUUUGCAGCAAACUCCCCAGACAGGCCAAAAGCUUUCAAUUCCAUGCCCGAAUUUUCCUAGGGCAAAGCAGCCACCCUCCUAUGAGGAUGCAGUCAGACAGCAAAUCACGAGAAGCCAGCAAAUGGAUGAACUCCUUGAUGUCCUCAUUGAGAGUGGAGAAAUGCCAGCUAAUGCCAAGGAAGAACGACCAUGUGGGCAGCAGAAACUCCACCAACUGAGUGUGCCAACUGGAAACUCAAAUGCCAAGCCACCCAACGAUCACCUUCUAUAUGACAACUGUUCAAACAAUGACAGUCACCUUGAAGUCUUACUAAAUUCCCACAGCCCAGUUGGAAGAUCCACUGACAUGCGUCUUCUAAAGCUUGGCAAUGGAGAGUCUUCGUUUGAUGGUGUAAUUGAUGGAUUUCCAGGAAAAGCUUCUGAGGAGAUUCUUCCCUCUAGAGAAAUCUUAGACACAUCUCUUUCUCCAAUGGAGACUCAGAUGUCUCCAUCAUCUGCAGAAAGCACCGUCCUCCAUCAUCUAAGCUUCACCGAAUCUCCCUGGGAGACCAUGGAGUGGCUUGAUUUGACGCCGCCCAGCUCUGCUACAGGCUUAGGGUCCCUCAGCACCACUGGCCCCAGUAUCUUCAACACUGAUUUCCUAGAUGACACAGAUCUCAACUUAAACUCAGCCAUGGAUCUGCAUCUAGAACAGUGGUGAUGAACCUUCACAAACAGCGAAACCUAAAAUACUGUACAGAACAUUAAGCAUUGUCUGCGAGGGAGAAUGUAAAGAUUCUGGAUAACUCUAUAGUUCAAAGCUCUUUAUAAGUGUAUACCAGCAGGGUUGACUUAAGACUCUAUGGAGACGCAUAUUGUUGGACUACCUCCAUUCCAGCCAUGGUAGCCAUGUACAUAAUCCACAAGGGCCAGAAAAAAGAAAGGAAAGGUGUGCUUCUUUAUUCUUCUGCAUAUUGUUUAAGGACUGUUCCAAUGCAAGUGCCUACAUUUAACUUGAUCCACAAUGAGCUAAUAGCAGUUUCAUAUGAUGAAAGUUUGACUUGUUUCAUAUGUUGAAAGUUGUACAUUAUUGUGCAAUUACAUUUUCUAUUCUUGAUAGCUUUACGGCUCAAAUCCAAUCCUCAGAUCAAUAUUUUACCCUUCCACAUGCAUUUACAGACUUUUUUUUACCUACUAUGCAAAAAAGAAAAACAAACGACAAACAGAAGAAAACAAAAAAAAAAGACUUCCAAAGAUGCUGCCGUGCGGGGGCCGUGUCACAUUGAGUGGGUUGCUUUGGGGCUUUAGCAUACUCAUGCAAUACGAGAAGAUUGGCUGAAUGCAGGAAUACCAAAGACACGUUAUAUGCACUGGAAAGGGAUUAUUUUCCUAGGUGUUAGUAGACAUUAAAUAAAAAAAAAGGCAAAUUCAAUGUAUUUUCUCACAUUACAAAUGUUGCCAAGUCUUAAUAGAAUAGAGGUCUCCAGUUAUUAUAGAAAACUGG